AUGUACGAUGAGAUUAAAGUUCGUGCCAAAAAUGCUAUAUCCAAAAUCAUCGCCAUGGAUCUUAACGAAAAGUACUGGAAUCAACGUUCCGCAAUCAAAUCCAAACGCUGUCAAUCGGUUGCUCAGGAACUAUCCUGGCUGUGCUGUCAGCAUCGGAUGUUGACAAAACUGUUCGAGGAGUUCAGGAGCAUUUUUGACCUACCGCUCGCGUUGAUAACUUUGCUGCAAGUUAUUGAAGUCAUUGCCGAAACGUUUUAUUGCUAUACGGGAAUUGUUCACGCCAUACGGGAAGGAUACACACCGGACUACACUUACUAUGGGCUGUCGCUGCUAUCGGCUUUGGUUUUGGGACUACAAUUUUACUACCUUACUUCUUUCGGGCAUAACCUAACAAAAAUGGCGAAUAGCGUCAGCAUAGAACUGCAUGAGUUUUUCCUGACGGAAGUGGAUGAGCUGCUGGAUGUUAUUAUUGAGUUUUUCUCCCUUGAGUUGUCACAUCAAGAUUACUCAGUACACAUUCUUGGUCUGUUUACUCUGGAUCGGAAAUUCGCCUUUGGAGUUGCUGGAGUGAUAACAACUUAUCUCAUCCUAAUGGUGCAAUUUGAAUUGGCUCAAGCUUGA